AUGUUUAAAAUGAAUUUUCCUACUAUUUGGCUAGUGAUAUUAUUCUCAGUGGUAGAUGGCUGCAUGCGAACCAUACCACCGGAUGAAGCUUAUAUAUCUAGCACACUGGCUCCUGAGGAAAGUUCUAGUACAAUGGAUCCCGAUGAUACGGUUACGGCAGAGGAAACAAUGACAACACCUUCAAUGGAUGUCUGUUACAGUGAUGUUGGAACCAAAUAUGCAAAUUGGAAUUCAAUUGUUUUAUACGAAGUACAAACUGUUGACCAAGAUGGCUGCACUGUAUUAAAAUGUCCCGCAGGCAAAACUCCAGCUGUCUCUUCUCUUUAUGAUAAAAGUGAAAUACCAGCGCCUAUUGAUGCUGAUGCCGAUUAUAUGACGUUUGGAAGUAUAAAUAAAGAUUCAAUGGCCGACAUCAACGGAGACAUGAUUUUUGAAUAUUUUGGAGCAAUGUGUGAAGGCGGUGAAUUAAUAUACACAAAUUAUCCUGAUGGAAUAGCGUAUGUCAAAGAUGGAAACAUGGCAUAUACUGGCCCAGAUGCAUCGUAUAACGGAAAGAAGUCUAAAGUGACUACGAUCUAUUGCACUGAUCAAGUGUAA